AUCCUCGCGCUGCCGACCCGGCCUCCGUGCAGCAUCGUGCCGAAGCUACGUCGCAACGCAGAGCUCAAGUGCUGAGUUCUGUUGAGCUGGACCGCCAACACAACUCCCACGAUACGCAGCGCUUGCAAUCGGUCCACAACCACACCACAUCGCUGCCGCUUGUCGCGCUACGUGCAGCAGUCGGACGGCGCAUCUGAGCGCGCAUCUACAUACAUACACGUGCAUCAACAUCUGCUCGGCUAGCCAGUAGUCGCUUUGCGGUGUCAUGAUGGAAGACAAAUACAUCGGCCUGUGCCUCGCAGUCUCGUCGUCGCUUGCCAUUGGCGCCAGUUUCGUCAUCACAAAGAAGGGCCUCAAUGCGUCCAUGGAAAAGCAUGGCUUCGACGGCGACGGCUACUCAUACUUGCGCAACUCGACAUGGUGGGCCGGCAUCAUCACCAUGGUCCUCGGCGAGAUCUUCAACUUCGCAGCGUACGCUUUUGCGCCCGCGAUCCUGGUCACCCCACUCGGCGCGCUGAGUGUGCUCAUUGGCGCUGUGCUUGGCAGCUAUUUCCUCGAUGAGCAGCUGGGCCUCUUGGGCAAAAUUGGCUGUGCAAUCUGUUUGAUCGGGAGUGUCAUCAUCGUGCUGCAUGCGCCGCCGGACAAGGAGGUCUCGUCCGUCGACGAGAUCUUGAACCUGGCUCUCCAACCUGGCUUUCUCAUUUACUGCCUCUUCGUCGCCAUCUUCUCCGUCUUCAUGAUCUACAAGAUCGCCCCCAAGUACGGCCGCAAGAACCCGCUAAUUUACCUCUCCAUCUGCUCCACAACUGGCUCUGUCUCCAUUAUGUUCAUCAAGGCCUUCGGCAUUGCGCUCAAGAUGACUUUUGCCGGAAACAACCAGUUCACCCACCCGUCGACCUACGUCUUCGUCAUCAUGAUUGUAGGCUGCAUUCUCACGCAAAUGAACUACUUCAACAAGGCCCUCAGCCAGUUCUCGACCAACAUUGUCAACCCGCUUUACUACGUGACCUUCACAACCUGCACCCUCAUCGCUUCAUGCCUCCUCUUCCAAGGCUUCAAUACAGCUUCCGCUGUGAACACACUCUCGCUCUUGUGCGGCUUCCUCAUCAUCUUUUCCGGUGUCUACCUGCUCAAUCUCUCGCGCGAAGAUUCCAGCGGCACAAGUACCCACGGCAACUCGCUAUCCGAUGGCAUUCCCAGUGACGCUAUCAGCGGCUUCCCGACACGCCGCAGUAUGCAGGCCCGUAGGAGCCAGGAGAUGUACCUGCAGAGCAACGGUAGCGGGUCACGGAGGACCAGCGGCACAGGCGAAGGCGCGGGGCUGAUGCAUGAUUACGACGUCGAGAACCAGUUCGAGUUGGGAGAUCUGGCGGACAGUGACGACGAAGAGGGUGCGAAGAAGGGCAAGAGUUUCGACGAAGAUGGUCGGCUGGGCGGGCGCGCCAGCUCAGGGAGCAACAUGCGCAGCCUGAGAGUCCAGAGGGAGAGCAUCCAGCCCAAGCGCACAAGUAGUCCGCGAUAGACGCACGAUACGCAUGACAACAUUUGGCAAUAGAGUAACGGCAUUGCCGCAGAGGGUGGCUUGCGGCGUUUGUAUAGAGCAGUGGAUGGAUUCCGUAUGCCUGGCGCUGCGGUGGCCGGCGUUCAGGACAGGACAUUUGUGCAUUUCCUUUGGUAUUUGGCAUCUUGCAUCGAUGGUCACGACGUUGUAUUUAUGUUCUGGCGUGCACGAACUUGGUAUACCCAUGGGACGGGACGGGCUUGCGUUUGGGAUCAUAUCUAUAUCUAUAUCUGUAUGCAACCGCUCCGUCUGCACCGUUUCUCGCGAACGUACAACGACAUCACUGGGUGUCCCUCCUACCAAUGAUUCACUUUGUGUACGUAUUCUUGAAUAAGCUGAGCGGACUCCAGUGGGUAUGGGCUAAGAAGU